AUGGAAGGUCGAAACAACAUGGUUAAGACAUCAAAUGUCAAUAGAUGGGUCAAAGGCUUUGAGGUUGACAGGAAUAGUGCUGAUAGUCUAAAGAUCACACAUCUCCAAUAUGCUGAUGAUACUCUAAUCUUCUGUGAUGCUGAAGAGGAGCAGCUUAGAUAUUUGAGGAUCAUCUUAGUAUUGUUUGAAGGAAUUUCAGGACUUCACAUCUACCGGAGAAAGAGCCAUAUUUACCCCAUCGAUGAAGUCCACAAUAUGGAGCAACUGUCACUAGUAGUGGGAGGAGAAGUAGGGUCUCUACCUUCCAUCUAUCUGGGGAUGCCUCUGGGUGCAAGAUCAAAAUCCAAAGAGAUCUGGAAUUCAGUUAUUGAAAAAUGUGUGAAGAAGUUGUCAAGAUGGAAAACUCAAUAUUUAUCAAUGGGGGGAAGGCUAGUCUUAAUCAACUCAGUUUUAGAUUCAAUUCCCACUUACAUGAUGUCCUUGUUCCCAAUUCCAGGUGGAAUUAUACAGAGAUUGGACAAACUCAGAAGAUCCUUCCUUUGGCAAGGGAAUAAGGAGAAAAAGGUCUUCCAUUUGGUCAAAUGGAAAUCCAUCAUAGUGAUGAAAAGGCAAGGUGGUCUGGGAAUCAAAAACUUGAAGAAUCAAAGAAAGACUCUCAAAAUGAAAUGGCUAUGGAGGUAUUCUCAAGAACUCCAAACCUUAUGGAGCAAAGUGAUCAAAGCAAAGUAUGGGGAGGAAAAUAACUGGGAACUCUACCCUGAUAUGUUUGGUUUGGCACAAGACCAACAGAAGACAGUAGCUGAGACGUGGAGUUCUCAAGGAUGGGAACUAAUUCUUAGAAGGCAGUUGAAUGACUGGGAGAUAGUAAGAUUAACUGACCUUUAUAACAAGCUGGAGACAUUUAAAGGAAUACAGGAAGGGGUGGACUCAUUUUGGUGGCAGAGGCAUGACAGAGGGGUCUAUCAGGUGAAGGCAGCAUAUAAGAUUUUGAACCAAAAUAACCCACAGAUAAGAGAUUGGCCAUGGAAGCAUAUAUGGAAAAACUAA